GUCAAAUUUUCUCGAUCGAGCCUGCCUAUCCUGUAACUUAUUAAUUAUUAUUUAUUAAUUUAAUAGUCAAGAACACAGAUCAUUUAUUAAGUCAGUGCAUUUAGUAAAGGAGGACGUAUAAAAAAUAGUAAGAUGUCAACAGUUUCAGUAGCAAUCAUUUUAAAAAGAGCAAGUAAAGUUUAUCAUGAGGGUGAGACUAUAGCUGGAGUGGUGGUUGUGGAGAGUAACAGUGAUGUAAGACAUGAAGGUUUGUCACUCACUAUGGAAGGAUCUGUCAAUCUACAGCUCAGUUCCAAAAAUGUGGGCAUAUUUGAGGCAUUCUCUAAUUCUAUAAAGCCUAUAAACCUUAUCAAUACAAGCAUAGAGCUAGUGCCACCUGGCAAGAUCCCUGUGGGAGUGACAGAGAUUCCAUUUGAGCUGCCACUGCGAGCACGGCAAGCAGUGUCGCCCGGCUACCCUGGCUUAUUGGAAACCUAUCAUGGAGUCUUUGUGAAUAUUAUGUACACACUCAAAUGCAAUAUGAAGAGAUCAUUCCUAAACAAACCAGUGAAUGCAAGCUGCCAGUUUUUUGUGCAAUACAGACAGCAUGUAUUCCUGUGGCAGCAAGAGCCGGCGCCCAUGAAGCCGGUGCGAUGCGAGAUCACUCCGGCCAGUAUCCGCGCCGCUGGCGGCGGGACCCGCCCUAUGCCGCACUUCCAGGUCUACGCCGAGAUAAACUCCACUGUCUGCGCGCUGGACAGCCCACUCACUGGCAAGAUCCGAGUGGACGAGUGCUCGGUGCCGAUCCGGUCCAUUGAGUUGCAGCUGGUGCGCGUCGAAACCUGCGGCUGUGCCGAGGGAUACUCUAAAGAUGCAACGGAGAUUCAGAACAUCCAGAUAGGCGAGGGCGACGUGUGUCGCGCGCGCGACAUCCCGCUGUACAUGGUGCUGCCGCGACUCUUCACGUGCCCCACCACCACCACGCCGCACUUCAAGAUAGAAUUCGAACUGAAUAUUGCUGUUAUAUUUGAUGACGAUUAUUUGGUAACUGAAAAUUUUCCAAUAUUGUUAUUGAGGAGUAAAUAGCAAGAACAACUUAACUAUGACGGCAGUUAGCAGCAGACACACGACCCAUAGCUGGCUGCAACAGCAAACAGCGCAAGUGUACAUCGUUGUUGCUAGAGCUCCGGCAGCAUCUCUAGUCAAAUAAAGUUUUGCAUCAUAAAUAUGAUACAAACAUGCUAUGUACAUAUAAUUAUACAAAUCGAUGCAGAAAAGCGAAUUUGGCUCUGAGGUACCUAUAUUGUCGUCUGGCGUUUAUAUUGGGUUACGCGGGCGACGCUGCUACUAGAAGCUAAGAUGGUUUCCACGUAAGAUAGCGGGAGCACUGCGCGUAACAACGGCGGCGCGCGUUGUGGGUACCGGUAUCUUGGCAGUCAGUUGAUGUGGGUCGAAAGGUCCGUGAAUUAGAACUUUGGAUUAUAGGUACACAAGUUUUGUAGUUGUAUAUAUGUAAUUAACAAUAAAUUAUUAUAUUACGAAAGAUGAGUUGGUACUAUAAUAUUUAUUGAGAAAUUGUAAUAGCACGGUAAAUUAUAUUAUUACCGUGGUAUUAGGUACCAGUCAAAACAUCAUUACGAAAUGGGACUUGUAUAUUUUGUGAUUAUG